CCCAGCGCGUUGCCGCCAUGCCGAAAGUGCGGUGGUGAAGCGGCAGGCCGGUAAACAUCGGCCCGUACCGGCGGCGGGCUCGCCCAGAAAGCGUCAUGGCGGCAGGGGGCUUGGCGGGGCUGUUGCCCGCUCAAACCCAGCUGGAGUACGCCCUGCUCGAUGCCGAGACUCCUCAGGAGAAGGAGAACUUGGUCUACCAGUACCUGAAGAAGAUGGACAGCCGGGAGCGGGACCUAACGGUGCCCGAGCUCGGCGGAGAUCUACAAUGGUUAAACACUGAAGGUCCUAUUUCUCUUCACAAAGACCUUUGUGGAAAAGUUGUGGUGUUGGAUUUCUUUACUUACUGCUGCAUCAAUUGCUUGCACCUGCUGCCUGAUCUCCACGCCUUAGAGCACCAGUACUCUGAUAAAGAUGGUCUUAUUAUUGUUGGUGUCCAUUCAGCAAAAUUCCCAAAUGAAAAAGUUCUGGAUAACAUUAAAAGUGCCGUCCUGAGGUAUAAUAUUGUCCACCCAGUGGUGAACGAUGCAGAUGCUACGCUGUGGCAUGAACUAGAGGUGUCCUGCUGGCCAACCCUGGUCAUUCUCGGGCCUCGUGGAAAUAUGCUGUUCUCACUCAUUGGAGAGGGACACAGAGAGAAGUUAUUUUUAUUUACUUCUGUAACGUUGAAAUUCUACAAGGAAAGAGGACAAAUCAAAGAUAACAAAAUCGGCAUAAAGUUAUACAAAGACUCCCUCCCACCUUCUCCCCUGCUGUUCCCUGGCAAAGUGACUGUAGAUAAUUCUGGAGAAAGGCUGGUAAUAGCAGAUACUGGACAUCACAGGAUUUUGGUUACUCGAAAAAAUGGACAGAUUCUACAUAUUAUUGGAGGUCCAAACAGUGGAAACAGAGAUGGAAGAUUUUUGGAGGCAGCUUUCAACUCGCCACAAGGGAUUGCUAUAAAAAAUAAUGUAAUUUAUGUAGCUGAUACAGAAAACCACCUAAUUAGAAAGAUUGACCUGGAAUUAGAGCUGGUGACCACUGUAGCAGGCAUUGGGAUACCAGGUUUUGAUAAGGAAGGUGGAGCAAAAGGAGAAGAACAGCCUAUCAGCUCACCAUGGGAUGUGGUCUUUGGAAAUUCAGUUUCAGGGAUCCAGGAAGAUGAUAUUCUAUGGAUAGCAAUGGCAGGCACUCAUCAGAUAUGGGCACUGAUGUUGGAAGGUGGAAAACUACCAAAGGGAAGUGAUUUAAAGAAAGGAGUCUGCCUUCGAUUUGCUGGGAGUGGAAAUGAAGAGAACAGAAACAAUGCAUACCCACAUAAGGCAGGUUUUGCACAGCCCUCGGGUCUCUCUCUGGCUUCUGAAGAGCCAUGGAACUGCCUUUUUGUGGCGGACAGUGAGAGCAGCACCGUGCGAACCAUCUCUCUGAAAGACGGAGCAGUGAAACACCUUGUAGGAGGAGAGAGAGAUCCAUUGAAUUUGUUUGCCUUUGGUGAUGUGGAUGGAGCAGGCAUAAAUGCAAAGCUGCAGCAUCCUUUAGGGGUGACAUGGGACAAGAAAAGAAAACUGUUGUAUGUGGCAGACUCCUAUAAUCAUAAGAUUAAAGUUGUGGAUCCUAAGAUGAAGAACUGUGCUACCCUGGCAGGCACAGGAGAAGCAAGCAACAUUAUUGGUUCCAGCUUUACACAGUCAACUUUCAAUGAACCAGGAGGUUUGUGUGUUGAAGAAAACGGCCGCUUGAUGUAUGUUGCAGACACAAAUAAUCACCAGAUUAAAGUGCUGGAUUUAGAAACAAGAAUUCUUUCCACGUUGCCUAUCUUGAAUCCAGAAGCAUGUGAUGUUCCAGACAACCUUCCUGUGCAAAAAGAUAAAAGAAGAAACCUUCCAAAACUGCCUAAAUCUGCACCAAAUGUUCAACUUCCCUCAGUAACUGUAGCUCCUGGUCAGACAGUUCAGUUUUUGUUGAAGCUGACUCUCCCUCCAGAUUCCAAACUGAAUGAAGAAGCACCCAGUGCCUGGUUUAUCACAGCAGAAGAUAAUACCUGGUUGCUUCAAGGGCAGCAGUGUCUGUAUGGAGAAAUAAAUGAUGUUUCCCAUCAAAAUAUCAUUCCUUUUGAGUUACCUAAGAGCUGCCUGUCAGCUGAAGCAAUCCUGGCAAUCAAGGUGUGCCUCUACUAUUGCAGCAAAGGUAGCAGUGCCUGUAUGAUGAAAGGAAUCUCAUUCAAUCAGCCUUUACAGAUUGCUAGUACAAACCAAGGCAACUUGACUCAAGUUGAACUGAUACACACAUUUUUAACCAACUAACCCAAAGCCAGUUGAUUUCCUAUUGUGUUUUACUAUCCACCAUUUCUGUAGGAGAAAAUAACAAAUAGAUAACUUUACUCUGUUUUUCACUUUCAUGGAACUUACGACAAAGUCAAGAAAUAAUAUACUUGGUAAAAUGAAGUAGAGUUCCCUGCAGAUUAAAGUGAAAAUCUAUCAUCACAACCUCCUUUCUUUUUUAUUACAGUAGCAGCAAUAAUAUUGUAAUACUCUGGACUCUGUUGCCAGUUGUGAAUGUAUUGGAUGUAUGCCAUUCUGAGCAACGAGCAACAGCUCUUGGAGUCCUUUUGAAAGAGCUGAUGUUACUUUGUCAUGUUACUGUAAGAAGUUCUUUGCACUGUUAGAAGAGAUAGAUCAUUUGGACUAACAGGUACAAAUUCCUUUUGUGCUCUUAUUAAACUUUAAUAGAACAUCCAAAUGAAUAGUUUCUCCAGGCUGUAGAAGAGAUACCUUGCUUAUUUUUCUGUAAUGGCAUUUAUGCCACAUGUAUUUUCAAAAUACAUCUUAAGCUAGGCGCACCUCUAAUUUUAUGCAAACUUGAGCUUAGCUACAUAUAACUGCCUUAUAUGAGGGGCAUAGUUUGAUGGAAAAUCUGUUGUGAAAAGAAGUAUUCAAGUUCCUACAGAAAAAUUUCCUGCUGAUUUCUAACAAAGAACGUGCCUCUAAUAUGUGUGUGUAUAUAUAUAUAAAGAAAACAACCCACAAAACCAUGCUGGAGUUUUUCUGAUACAUACCAACUUACAUUUUAUAGUGAAUGAUAGAUUAUGGUUGAAUAUCUAAACUGCAAAAAUUUAAAUGUCAACCAUUUCAAGUAACAUGAAUCACUUCCCUGCUUUUAUGUUUUCUCUGUAAAGAUUUGUCUGCAGACUUCUGUCUUGCAAGUACAUAAUAUUAAGAAGAAUGUUAUACUCUUGCAGUCUGAUUCAGCCUUUUGAAGUCACUGUUAGUCUCCUGAUUUGUAAUAGUGGCCACUGAAACAGAGCUGUGUAUUUAAUAAUGGAUUCUUUGCAUUAAUGUUCAGAAACACUGAGCUUUUGCUGAGAAACUGCUAACCUAAUCUGUAAGUUGCUUUAAAGCUAUAGUACAAAACUUUGCCUUUGGUGGUGAAGUGUUUUGCAAGUUCCUUGAAUUUGCUGUAGUAAGUAGCAGGAAUACAAGAGGGGGCGUGAGGAUUUUACUUGAAGUGGAAGAGUUUCCACAGCACUUAAGUGGUAAUUGAGUUAGGCUCUGUGCUCUGGUCAUGAGGAUCAGUUCUGAGAUUUUGGUUGAAGUUUGAAGAUUAUAUUUUCAGAUACAUUACAAA